AUGCUGGGUAAUGAUUUUGGAGAUGAAGCUGAUCGAGGUGGUGUUUUGGGUAAAAUUGAUGGUGGCAGUGAUGGCAAAGAGUGUGGUGGCAAAGUUGGAAGUUUCGGCAAAGAGUGUGGUGGCAAAGUUGGAAGUUUCGGCAAAGAGUGUGGUGGCAAAGUUGGAAGUUUCGGCAAGGAUGGAAGUUUUGGCAAAGAGGGUAGUGGUGGCAAAGAUGGAAGUUUUGGCAAAGAGGGUAGUGGUGGCAAAGAUGGAAGUUUUGGCAAAGAGGGUAGUGGUGGCAAUGAUGGCUUAGGUAAUUUGGGUAGGAUUUCGGGUAGUAAGAGACCUUUUUGA